GGCUGCGGACUCAGUGCUGGAAUGAGGAGUAAUUGAGCCCGAGCCGAGCCGAGGUAGCUCUCUCCUCUCGGUGUCAUUGCUGCAGCCGCCGGUGCCCGGUCCCUAGGUCCUCGGCCGCCUCUCCUCCCGGUGCACAUCGCCUGCCAAGACAGCAAAGCCGCCGCAGAAGUUGCUGGGCGUAAAUAAGACUCCGGAGGCAUUGGCUCCGUAACUUUUCACGUCAUUUUCUGCUUCGGAGCCCCUCGCGCCCGCCGGCUUGGCAGUUCGCACGGCACAUCACCAGUGCUCAUGGGGCAGGGGAGGAGCGGCCUGCAGCGCUGAGCGGAACCGGACCGGGGCCCGUGAUGUCCGGCACCAAGCUGGACGACUCCCCUCCUUGUCGCAACUGGUCAUCUGCCUCGGAGCUGAAUGAAACUCAAGAGCCCUUUUUCAACCCCACCGACUAUGACGACGAGGAAUUCCUGCGGUACCUGUGGAGGGAGUACCUGCACCCGAAAGAAUAUGAGUGGGUCCUCAUCGCCGGGUACAUCAUCGUGUUCGUGGUGGCUCUCGUCGGCAACGUCCUGGUUUGUGUGGCAGUGUGGAAGAACCAUCACAUGCGGACGGUAACCAACUACUUCAUAGUCAACCUUUCCCUGGCCGACGUGCUGGUGACCAUCACCUGCCUUCCAGCCACGUUAGUCGUGGACAUCACUGAGACCUGGUUCUUUGGACAGUCCCUCUGUAAAGUGAUUCCUUACUUACAGACCGUGUCAGUAUCUGUGUCUGUCCUCACCCUGAGCUGCAUUGCUUUGGAUCGAUGGUACGCGAUCUGUCACCCUUUGAUGUUCAAGAGCACAGCCAAGCGGGCCAGGAACAGCAUUGUCAUCAUCUGGAUCGUCUCCUGCAUCAUAAUGAUCCCGCAGGCCAUCGUUAUGGAGUGCAGCACCGUGCUCCCUGGCUUAGCCAAUAAAACCACUCUCUUUACAGUGUGUGACGAGCGCUGGGGCGGUGAAAUUUAUCCCAAGAUGUAUCAUAUCUGUUUCUUUCUGGUGACAUACAUGGCACCACUGUGUCUUAUGGUGUUGGCCUACCUGCAGAUAUUUCGUAAACUUUGGUGCCGACAGAUCCCUGGAACAUCAUCUGUAGUUCAGAGAAAAUGGAAGCCCCUACAGCCUGUUUCACAGCCUCGAGGGCCAGGACAGCAGACCAAGUCCAGGAUUAGCGCUGUGGCUGCUGAAAUAAAGCAGAUCCGAGCCAGACGGAAAACAGCCCGGAUGCUGAUGGUUGUUCUUUUUGUGUUUGCAAUUUGCUAUCUACCAAUUAGCAUCCUCAAUGUGCUAAAGAGAGUAUUUGGGAUGUUUACCCACACUGAAGACAGAGAGACUGUGUAUGCCUGGUUUACCUUUUCACACUGGCUUGUAUAUGCCAACAGUGCUGCGAACCCAAUUAUUUAUAAUUUUCUCAGUGGAAAAUUUCGAGAGGAAUUUAAAGCUGCAUUUUCUUGCUGUUGCCUUGGAAUUCACCAUCGCCAGGAAGAUCGGCUUGCCAGGGGACGAACGAGCACAGAGAGCCGGAAAUCUCUGACCACCCAGAUCAGCAACUUUGAUAACAUAUCAAAACUCUCCGAGCAGGUUGUGCUCACCAGCAUAAGCACACUCCCAGCAGCCAAUGGGGCAGGACCGCUUCAAAACUGGUAGAAUAUUUAUUCAUAUGACAGGGAUAUCUGAGGAAAACUAUCCUUUUUUUAAAUAUCUGUACACAGAAAUUUUAUGAUCUUAAAGAUAUGAAGGUAAAAUGACUUUGUGGACCCUUUUUUUUUUUUUAACUAUGGCUCUUUGGAAAUAAAAAAGUUAGUUUAAAAUAAUUUCUCAAUUUUUGAUUUAAAUUUAUUAGAAAACUAACCUUCACUGAACUUACAUCAGGCUAUUUCACUUUUUGUUUCAGGCAUUAGGAUUUGUGUCAAUGAAAUGUUUGGAACAUUUCUAAUUUGAAUUGUUAUUUCAAUCUUUCACCUUCAAAUUGGUUGCAAAGAAUUACUAAAAGUUAUCCACUAAUAUUUUUUUCUUUUUUCUUUUUGGCUGCUAAAAGAAGUAGCAAUCACUAACUCUGAAUUAACAACAGACUUCUUAGUUGACUUUAUAGUUUAAAAAAAAACCGCAAAGACUAUCAUGAUGUAACAUCUGAGAGAAUAUUUAUGUACACUAUAGCAUAUUAGAUAACAAAAAAGCUAUCUUUUAAAACUACUUAAAAAUAUACACUCUUAACCUUUAUUUUCCAUUAAUUUUGUCACUCAUUUACACAAUUUUCUCAGGUUUGUAAUCUUAUCAUUGCUAACAUUUCUCAUCUCAACAUAUGGCCAGUAAGACUGUAUUAAAACAAAAACUUUGGAGGAACUACAAAUACAUAAUCAUUUCAUCUCUAUGAAAAGAAUUCAACAUUUAAGAAUAGAUAAAAUCACAGUAUUAUAUUCUUCUAACUGAGAAAAAUGACAUAGUGGGCCUUGCUGGAACAAAUGAAGAAUGCACUUUACAAAGAAAAGUGGACAACUGAAUCACAGUUGGGCCCCAUAUUGGACAGGUUAAUGCCAUGGAGGUUUGAUGGCAAAUAUUGGUACUUAUUUAGUUUUUAUAAACAUUCAUCAAAUACUUGCUAGAAAGCACCCUUUGUACUAGGUGCUAGGGAGUGAGGUAGGGAUCUAUACAAAUGUGCCUUCAGAAGAGCUCUAGGCUACUGAGGGAGACGUGUGUUCACGGAGUCUGCAGGGCAGCAGUCCUCUCUGGGGAACAGAUGAGGACACCAUGGGCAAAGCAGUGAAACACGAGCAAAGUUCCUCACCAGGACAUUGCAGUAAAA